AUGGAACAAGUCCCCUCCGUGCCGUACGAAUUCGACACAUCAGAUGUCGAGGGCUCGGUCUUUCGAUUGGCUCGCCCGCUAUUUGGAGCCACAGAGCCGGCAAAAGAACAUAUUCGCGUACAAACGCUAACACAAGGUACCACGAACGCUCUCUUCCGGGCUUCAUAUGAACCACAUCCGGCGCAACGGUUGGAUGUCCUGAUCAAAAUCUACGGCGAGGGCACAGAUAAAACAAUCGACCGGAACAAGGAGAUCAGGCUUCAUAAGAUGCUUUCCGAUCAUGGCCUUGCCCCUUCACUCUUGGUCCGGUUUCCCAAUGGUCAUGGAUAUCAAUUUUUGAAUGGAACGGUAUGUUCCGCCGAAGACAUGACCACGAAGAGGGUAUGGGCGAACGUCGCACGGGAAAUGGCAAGAUGGCAUGCCACUUUGCCCGCGGUAGAGUUGGAUACGCCGGAGCGCAUCAUCAACUUUGAGCCAAGCAUUUGGUCGACUACGAGGAAGUGGCUCAAUGCACUUUCAACAGACACGGACGCACAGCGAAAAAGGCUGGCUUUGCUGGAAGAGGAAUUUGCGUACUGCGUGAAUAAUCUCACGAGGAAUGAUGGUCCCACGUACUCCAUGGUUCUUGGCCAUGCCGACCUUCUUAGCGGCAACAUUGUUUUACAGACGCAGGAUGCUGAAACUGUCGAUGGUGACAUGGAUAAAAUCCCUGCCAGAUUCAUUGACUACGAGCAUUCAACCUACUGCCCACGGGCAUUUGAGCUAGCAAACCAUUUCGCCGAGUGGGCUGGUUUCGAGUGCAAGUACGAGCUUCUACCAACGACCUCGACACGCCUCGGAUUCGUCCGCGAAUAUUUACAGGCCUACGAAGAUAUCAAGGAGCAGCAGCGAGGAACCAGCGGAUUGGCCCGCUUACCUGUAUCUGAUGCCCAGGUCAACCGCUUGAUGUCCGAGAUUGACUCUUUUCGAGGCUUCCCUGGCUUCUACUGGGGACUCUGUGCCUUGAUCCAAGCCGAAGCCUCCACCGGAGCGAUUGAUUUUGACUAUGCGGGCUAUGCGGAGAAGCGUUUCUCUGAGUAUUGGGCGUGGCGUGAGAUGUAUAGGGGAGGUUCAAGUAAGACUGCAUCGGCGAGAGAGGAGAACUGGGCUUCAUUAUGA